AUGGGGAAGGUGGCGCUGGGAGCGGCAGUGGUCUGCGCGGCGACGGCGUGCGCAGUGGCGGUACUCGUUGUCCGUCACCGUAUGAAGAGUUCGGGGCGUUGGGCACGGGCGGUAGCCAUAUUGAAGGAGCUGGAGGAGAAGUGCGCCGCCCCCGUAGGCAAGCUCCGGCAGGUGGCCGACGCCAUGACGGUGGAGAUGCACGCCGGGCUCGCCUCCGAGGGUGGAAGCAAGCUUAAAAUGAUCAUCAGCUACGUCGACAACCUCCCCACCGGGUACAAAAGAACAAUCCUUCGAGAGCAAAUCAGCACUUCUCUUCUAUUAGUUAUUCCAAUUUCUCUUUCCCCGACGUGGGAUCUCUCGCUAUCCAUGGAGUCUGAUUCGAUGAUCCCAUAUCCUUUCUUUCCUUUUUCUUAUUAUAAGUAAAUGCCGCUGGCCGUAAUCUGUCGGGCUCUCGGAUUCUCGGGAGCUUUUUUCUCGUGUAUCCUUGAGUUUGGGUUAAUACUUUACGUUUAUGGAGAGUAGAGAGGAUAUUUAUUUUACAUUUUGGAUUACUAUUCACUCUGCACCGGCAGCUUUCCAGUGCGGCUGUCCCAAAUAUUUUGUGAUCGUAUAUUCGAUUAUUCGUCUGUUCCAAUGACUGCAUCGAGCAUCUUCUUCUUGCCAGAGGCCGCCACUAAUGUCCUCUGUUCCUCUGUCGAUCCUCAUCUUCUGCUUCUUUUUUCUUCUUUUUUUUGUUUUUGCCUCCCUUUAAGAAUUUUUCUGUAGAUUAUUUCUGGCAUCAGCAUUCAUUCAUUCAUUCAUUUGCCACUAUUCCCCCCUAUUCCUUAGUUUGAUCCUCAUUGAUGAGUCCGUGGAUUCAUUCUAAUUGACAGAAGGAAGAGAAAAUGGCGUUUCUGUCAUUCUAAUUCUUUUCUUUCCGGUUUAUUUACUUAUUUAUUUAUUCAUUACUUUUCUUGCUUCGGAGGAUGCUCCUCCACUCGUUGCAGUAGUCAAAAGAAGGACGUUUUAUGGAUGAGAGAAGCCAAUGUCUAUUUAUUUAGUUUCUUAUGAUAACAAGUCAUAUAUAAAUAUGAUUUGCCCAUGUUUCCUCCUAUUAAUUUCUACUCGGAAUUGGCUGCAGUCCCAUCAGGUAUGGAUGACCCUGCGUGAGUGGACCUUCUUUGCUUCUAUAACUUUGGUCUCUUAUCAUGGUAGGGAUGAAGAAGGUCUAUUUUAUGCAUUGGACCUUGGGGGAACCAACUUCAGGGUCUUGCGUGUGCAAUUGGGUGGGAGAGAAGGACGUGUUCUUAAGCAGGAGUUCGAGGAGGUUUCCAUCCCACCCCAUCUGAUGGUUGGAAACUCUCAUGUCAGUACGAAUUUACCCGUCCGAAUUCAUGUUCUAUUAUUCCCUUAAUUUCUUUGUUUUUUUCUUCUGUUCACUUCCUAUAAAAAUUGAAUUGAUUUCAGGACCUCUUUGAUUAUAUCGCUUCAGAACUAGCAAAGUUUGUUGCUUCUGAAGAUGAAGGUGAUCGCCCUCCUGCUGGGAGGCAGAGGGAGCUUGGCUUCACAUUUUCCUUUCCAGUGAGGCAGACCUCAAUAUCUUCAGGAACCCUCAUUAAGUGGACGAAAGGCUUCUCAAUUGAUGACACUGUUGGUUCCGAAUCCCUUUUCCCUUCAUAUUUAAUUUGAUAUCUUUUAAAUUAACGGGGUAUACUUUAGCCAGGUUUACUGUCAGAAGUGUUUUUUUUUUUUUUUCUGUCAAGAGCAAAGCUUAGAAAGCUUGCUGCCAUAUUGAAAUCAUAUGGUACCAAGCGGUGUGCUUCUCAUUGUCACCUUGAUAUGAUAUUUUCGUAUCAAAUGAUUUUUGCACUCAUCACAUAAUACAUAAGCAAGGUGUUCUUCCGAUUCAGAUUUAGAGAUAUUCUGUCGUCUAAUUUGUCACAUAGAGAGUUGCUUUCUGGCUCAUAUGCUAUCCCACAAGGUUGUAUUCUUCGAGGAGAAGGCAUGCUAAAGUGAUUGGCUGCUGUAGAUCAAAAUGGAGAAUCUGGGUCUACUGGACGAAAAUCAUGCCUCCCAGCAAAACUACAUCAACUCGUAGUGUAUCUCAGGAGAGCUAUUAUUGGAAUUAACCUGAUAGGUGUCAAUAAAAAGUUUCGUUUCAUGUGCCUUUAUUUUUUUUCCAUUAGGUCAAAGAAGAACCCUGUAGCUUGAUCUAGUAUACAGCCAUGUGCACUUUAGGUAAUGUUCUUUUGGCUUCAAUUUUCCUUAAAAGUACUCGAUUUGUUUUAAAAUCAAUUUGGUAAUUAAAUUUAGCUUCUAAUAUAUAUACAUAUAGUUGGAGAAACAUACCCAUCAUUCUAGAUGCAAUGCUGUAAAUUGACAUGAACUAUUGAAUCUGAAUUUCUUGCGCCUAUGUCCUGUGCCACCUGAGAAGUCUGAAACAAUAUAGAGAAGAGAGAGAUCACCCUUUCUUGUGUAUUUCGACAUGAAAGCCCCAGAUUUUUCUGUGCUCUACUUUAUCUGGUUUGUUCAGAAAAAAAAAAAUUAAUGGUCGUUGGGAUGAGUUGAUAGUCUAUUUUAUUCAGAAGAAACUGCCUCUGAAAGUCACGUAUGCUUUAAAAUGGAGCUGGAUUUAGUUGAUUAUCAGAUAAAUGAGAGAUCUCCUGCUUGCCGAAAGGGUAACAUUAUGUGCAGAGAUGAAUUAGCCUAUUUUUCUUAGGCACGAGUCAUAUGGGCAAGAGACUAACAAUUAUACCGAUCGAUAAAGGCUAAAUAAUAUUCUUUGUUUUGUAAAGAGUAGUAUAACAUGUUUAGUGAUAAAUUAAUACUGGAUUUAGAAGAAUAUGGCUGAAAGGAGCUGGGACGGAAAUCAUUCCAAUGGUAAGAAACGAACAAUCCAAUAUCAUUUCUUUCUUUUUCUUUUAAGCUCAUAUAUCAUGCAUCAGUUUCAAUAUUUAGUGUGCAAAAAUUACGCAUGCCAUUAUAUUCCGAGAGCUGGAUCAAAUCUGUUGGUGUUCAUAUUUGAUUUUAAAGGCUACCCGUGUAGAGACAUAAAACACCAUGUGGUUUUCCAACCAAGUAUCGGCCCUGUUUCUUGUUGAUUUGAUGAGAGUUAAAACCUCAAAGAACAUAAAUCUCCUUGGUUUCAUGCAUGAUCGAGAAUCUUCUUCAUCUAGUGCAUAUGGCAUCCUACCCAUUUCCUAUUGUCAAUUGCCCCUGUGAGACCUAUUAAAUCAAUGUUUAAUGAAUCCGAGAGAUCAUCCAUUCACUGUGAUGCUGAAUUUCUAAGUGAGGAAAGAAUCCUCACCACGAGGAGCAUGUGUUGAUCUGGCAGCAUAAUCGAUCGUCAGAGCAACUGGGUAAUCAUCUUUCUUAUGGCUUCCUUCUUUUCAAUGGGUUCAGGUUGGUCAAGAUGUAGUGUCUGCGUUGACCAGCGCCAUUGAGAGACAGGGCCUUGAAAUGAACGUUUCAGCACUGGUGAGUUCCUCAUUCUUAAACCUAAGAACAUUAAAUUCAUAUGCACGUAUAUAUUUAUAUAUAACUUAAUUAUUAUCAUUUUUAUUGACCCACGUUGGGUGCAGGUAAAUGAUACCAUCGGGACUCUGGCCGGAGGUAGAUACUAUGAUAAUGAUGUGAUUGCUGCUGUCAUACUAGGAACUGGGACGAAUGCUGCAUACGUGGAGCAUGCCAAUGCCAUACCCAAGUGGCACGGUCCUCUUUCCAAAACAGGAGAGAUGGUGAGGAUUCGAGCCCACAAACUUAUUAACUUUAUAUGGUAUUUGGAUCUGAGGGCGAAAAUAACUGAAAAAGGAUGAACAAACGUGGGUUUGUUCUAGGUCAUCAACAUGGAGUGGGGCAACUUCAGGUCCUCCCACCUGCCCACCACAGAGUUUGACACCGCACUGGAUUCCGAGAGCUUGAACCCUGGUGAACAGGUACCUUUGUGUCGAGUCUCUUUCAGGAGCAUCUCGAUAUUCCCAUACUAAUAAUGUCAAUACUUUGGUGCUUUUGACUUUAUUUUCUGAAGAUAUUUGAGAAACUGAUCUCGGGGAUGUACUUGGGGGACAUUGUACGGAGAGUCCUCCUGAGGAUGGCCAAGGAGGCCGCCCUCUUUGGCGAUACCGUCCCCCCUAAGCUAGAGGUUUCUUUCAUCCUACGGUAUGCCGCCGCCACUUUAUUUCCAGAAAUUUUCCUUGCUUCAUGUCGUAUUAUUUAUUUUAUUUGAGGGGUAAUAAGUAUUCAGACGAUUGAUUUCUCUACUGCAUCCACUUUGAAUUUAUUUAUUUAUUUAUUUAUUUAUCGUCAGCUGUUCCUAAUGGAAAUAAUCUGCAUAGAUUCAUGAACCAGGCCAUUAUUAAACACUUACCCUUGUAGUAAGUGUUUAUUUCUCUCCUUGAAUCUGACAUGGUGUUGCUUAAAUGAUGCAAAUCUCUCAGAUUAGCUCCUCCAUCGGGUUAUUUGAGUGAGUUAUUAUGGAAAUAAUGGGGUUAUUUAAAUGGAAAUUUGCCCACAUUGGUAAUUAGCUGAAUUUUAUUAGAACUGGUUAUUUAUAUUUAGGCCUGAGAUAUUUUCUUUAGAAUUGGAAAUAAACAUGAUGAAUCGAAAGAUUGGGUCUUGAUAUCCGGCAUUUAUUCCUAUAUUAACCGUGCUCGGAAAAUAGGGAUAAUUUUAUGUUUCAUGAGCACGAUAUUAUCCUUAAUAUUAUCUUAGUAUAUGGGAAAAUAAGCAGCUUUUCCGAAUUUGCAGGACUCCCCACAUGUCGGCCAUGCAUCACGAUACUUCCCCUGAUCUCAGAGUCGUCGGGACGACAUUGAAGGACAUCCUUGGGGUCUCCUUCUUCUUCUUCUUCUUCUUCUUCUUCUUCUGUCUGUCUCUGUCUCUCUCUCUCUAACCUGGGCGCCGUUUCUGGUUGCAGAUCUCGAACACCUCGCUGAAGACGAGGAAGCUGGUCAUCGGGGUAUGCGACGUGGUGGCGAAGCGGGGGGCCCGGCUGGCGGCGGCGGGAGUCGUCGGCAUCUUGAAGAAGAUGGGGCGGGACAGCUCCCCGAGGGACGGCGGCCAAGUCCCGAGGACGGUCAUCGCCAUGGACGGCGGGCUCUUCGAGCACUACACCCUCUUCAGCACCUGCUUGGAGGUCACCCUCAAGGAGCUCCUCCCCGACGACGUCGCCGCCGCCGUCGCCGUCGUCCACGCCAACGACGGCUCCGGCCUCGGCGCCGCUCUCCUCGCCGCCUCCCACUCCCUCUACCUCCAACCCGCCGCCUCCUCCUGA